GUUGAGGGCGGUUAGCCAUUAGCCGAGCUCCAUAGUGGUGUAUUGUGGGAUGCCUGAGAAGCAAGCAGAAAGCACACACACAAUAUGUGUUGGCUCGCAAAAAAAGGAGGCAGGAGCCUUUCAAAAGCAAUGUAAUGUAACCAGCCAAAUGUGAAAAGGAGCUCGCCUUUCGCUGCAAGGAGACGAUCGGCCACCUCACACAAUGUCUUUCAAGGAGAUCAAGGCAGGGGAAAAAGCCAAGCACCCAGAAGAUCAUGGCAAAAAACAGAGUUCAAGUUGGAUCAACGGAAUGGAGAACAGCUCGCAAGCCAGCACUUCUGUCGAGAAAAGAAAUCACCACUGGAGAAGUUACAAAUUGAUUAUUGACCCAGCUUUGAAAAAAGGACAGCAUAAACUCUAUCGUUAUGAUGGGCAAAAUUUUAGCAUGCCGAACUCCGGAAUUGCACCGGUGGAUUGUGUCAGAGAUCCCAGGAUAGGACGAAUAUGGACCAAAACCAAGGAGUUGGAGCUUUCUGUUCCCAAAUUCAAGAUUGAUGAGUUUUACGUGGGGCCAGUGCCUCCCAAGCAGGUAACCUUUGCCAAGUUGAAUGACAACAUCCGUGAAAACUUUCUGACUGACAUGUGCAAGAAAUAUGGUGAAGUGGAAGAGGUAGAGAUUCUCUAUAACCCCAAGAACAAGAAGCACCUGGGCAUUGCCAAAGUGAUCUUUGCCACAGUGAAGGGGGCCAGGGAAGCAGUCCAGCACCUUCACAACACAUCUGUCAUGGGCAACAUCAUCCACGUGGAACUGGAUACAAAAGGUGAAACUCGUAUGCGGUUCUAUGAAUUGCUGGUUAAUGGUCUUUACACUCCGCAGACCCUUCCUGUAGGCAAUGAGCAAGAAGUCUCACCAACUGUGAAUGAAACUCAGCAGUUGACUGAUUCUGUAAAACGUCUGAAAGACAGCAACCUUUCAUCUGCGGGAUCGUCCAUUACCCCAAACAGCAGUACUCCAUUUUCCCACGAUACUGCCUAUUCCAGCUGUCGGCAAGACACCCCAAACUCAUAUAGCCAGUAUACCCCACAGUCCCAAGGAACCCCACUCACCCCACGACUGGGGACUCCGUUUUCCCAAGAUUCAGCCUAUUCCAGUCGUCAAACAACACCAGCUUACCAUUAUGGACAGGACUCAGGGUAUAAACCCAGGAGACAUGAAACAAAAUUUACAGAUGCCUACAACAGGCGACCAGGACAUCACUAUGUCCAUAAUUCGGCAAAUGUUUACAGAGGGUCAGAACAUCAGUUUAGCACAUACAAGUCUCAUCAGCAAGAGCCAGUACAAUAUUCUCACACUCCUCCCUUGAGCCACUCUGGUUCUUCAACUUAUAAAUCUGCCUUCUCUCCAUACCAAGCACCAGCUGUGUUUCCUCCUUCUGAUGAGCAGCAAUAUUCCCAAACUUCCAGAGAUGCUGAGUACCGGAGACCUGUACCACCUCUAGCCGAGAUCUUAAUAGAAGGUAAUGCUGCCACUAAUAUUGACUUUGUUCCUGUGAAAGAAAAACAGGAGGAACUCCCACCUCUGCCACAGCCAAACUGUGUUACUGAACAAAGUACUGCAUCCUUCUCUCAGACGCCAGAAAGGAGUGAAACACCUGGCACCCCAACCAUGGAGUCUGAAAUGCAGCAUAACAGUUUAGACUCAAGGAUUGAGAUGCUCUUGAAAGAGCAGAGAACAAAGUUACCUUUUCUCAACGAGCAUGAUUCGGACAAUGAGAUCCGAAUGGAAGGUAGCCCUAUCUCUUCCUCCUCCUCCCAACUUUCUCCUAUCCCAUUGUAUAGCUCGAAUGCUCAGCCCAGUUAUAGAGGUCAAACCCCAUCCUCACGUCCCUCCAGCACUGGCUUAGAGGACAUUAGUCCAACACCGUUACCAGAUUCUGAUGACGACGAGCCAAUCCCUGGGACACUUCCUCUGAGCCAGAAUUCAAGAGGGACAUCAGAGGCUGGUAUGAUUCCUAUUGAUCAGCUAAGUAGCACAUCCAAAGCAGAGACUUCUGAGACUAAAGAAAUGCUACCUGGUGACCAGACACCAACAUCAGAAAAAAUGGAUGAGGGUCAGCAUUCCUCAGGGGAGGACAUGGAAAUAUCCGACGAUGAAAUGAAUUCUUCACCGAUCACCAGUGCAGAAUGUGCCAAAACCAUUGUGGUGAACUCCUCUGUUAGCAACUCUGCUGUGAUGACACAAUCGAUACCCAUGCCCCCUCCAGGGUUCCCUCCACUUCCACCCCCUCCACCACCCCAACCGGGUUUUCCAAUGCCACCGCCUCUCCCACCACCACCUCCGCCAACUCAUCCUGCCGUCACUGUCCCUCCACCUCCGCUUCCUGCGCCACCUGGGGUCCCACCGCCUCAUAUUUUGCCUCCACUUCCUCCAUUCCAUCCUGGCAUGUUUCCUGUCAUGCAAGUGGAUAUGAUAAAUGUCCUGGGCAACCAGUGGGGCGGCAUGCCAAUGUCCUUUCAGAUGCAAACUCAGAUGCUGAGCCGCAUGAUGCAGGGACAGAACACCUAUCAGUACCCACCUUUUAUGGGAAGUCGGAUGCAGUUUGUGAACCUCCCUCCCUACCGCCCUUUUGUAAUGGGGGCAGCUAUUGGCCGGGGGCAGCAAUGGCCACCGCUGCCCAAGUUUGACCCUUCAGUCCCACCACCGGGUUACGUGCCGAAGAAGGAGGAUCCGCACAAGGCUACGGUGGAUGGUGUUCUCUUGGUGAUUGUGAAGGAACUAAAAGCAAUUAUGAAAAGGGACUUGAACCGGAAAAUGGUCGAGGUGGUAGCAUUUAGAGCCUUUGAUGACUGGUGGGACAAGAAAGAACGCCUAGCAAAGGCAUCGCUCACUCCAGUAAAGUCGGGAGAAAAUAAAGAUGAGGAAAAACCGAAGCCAAAGGAUCGAAUUACAUCCUGCCUCCUGGAGAACUGGAACAAAGGAGAAGGGCUUGGCUAUGAGGGAAUUGGCUUGGGCAUUGGUUUACGAGGGGCCAUCCGGUUGCCAUCUUUCAAGGUGAAGAGAAAGGAACCACCUGAAGCUGCCUCAGCAGGAGAUCAGAAGAGAAUCAGACCCUCUACCUCUGUUGAUGAUGAAGAUGAAGAGUCAGAAAGGGACAGAGAUAUGUCUGAUAUUACUUCAGAUCUGUCUAAGAAAGAUGCAGAAGCAGUAGGCCUCCGAAGGAGACCAGCAAGACCAUUGGAGCUAGACAGUGAGGGGGAAGAAGGAGAUGAGACUUCAGGUAAAGAAGAAGAAUCCUGUUCUGAAAAGGAAGAUGAGCAGGACGAAGGGGGAGCAUUGGUGAAAGCAGCACCUGGCAAGGAGGAAGAGGAUGAGGAGGAAGAUGAUGCUGAUGACGAGGAGGAAGAGGAUGAAGAUGAAGAAACAGGAGUAGAAACAAGUGAAAAGGAAGAUGAGCAGGACUCAGAAGAAGAUGUAGCGAGUCCCACAUCUUCCAAAGCUGAAGCUGAAUCAUCUGAUGAAAGUGAGGACUCCUCAGAAUUUGAGUCAAGUUCUGACUCCGAAGAGGAGGAGGAGGAAGAUGAGGAGGAAGAGGAAGAGGAGCUGGUAGCUAAUGUCCAAGAUGGAGAAGCUAUGGCUGCUGAAAUAGAGCUUGAGUCUGCUAGUCAUGAUCUAGCAGAUGAAGAAAAAGAGACCAUACUGGAACUGUUUCCAGUGGAAGACUAUAUGGAAGCAACAAGCCUAGGAAUAGAGACACCAGGUAUGGCAGUAAGGGAGGAAGAGAUGGAAGAAACCAAGCAACAAGAAGGUGACAGUUGUGCAGUGCCAGAAGAAUCUAUUGCUGCUGAAGGUUUGGUGGCCAUGGAGAGACUCCAGGAAGUAAAGCUAAUGCCAUCUCCUAUAUAUGUAGCAGUGGACGAGUCUGAAUCGGAUAUCAAGCCUAAGGUACUAGAGGGUCCAAAGCCUGAAUCUCGCAAUGAAGAAGAGAACCUCUGUCCCUCAGCACCAGUGGGGGUAUUUGGAGAACCUCUGCUCAGUAAAAGCAGCUUCUUCAGUAAGUCUGAUGAUGGUGAUUUAGAUGCCCAAGUUACAGGAAAACUAUCCGCCGCAGAGGAGGAGAGACUGCCUUGGACUCCUGGACGGGACACAGUGGUCCAUUCGGAUUCUGAUACUCCCAUACUUGCAGCUCACACGGUGCCACCUUCUACACUUUCCCUUCCAUCAACAUCUAGUAAAGAGGAAUCUUUAAUCUCUCCAGAAAAUUUCCCUGAACAGUUAACUGUGACCAAAACAGCUCUGGAUGAGGAACUUCCUAGGACUCCGGGGAGGGAUAUUAUGGCCAAAUCUUCACAUGGCUUUGCAAAGUCACAGAGUACGGACACUGUUCCAGCCACCCCUAGCAGCGAUGCUCCCCUUACAGGAAGUAGCUUGACUUUAAGUUCCCCUCAAGUCCCGGGUAGUCCGUUCUCAUAUCCAUCUCAAUCUCCUGGGAUUAAUAGUGGCAUUCCUCGGACUCCUGGGAGGGAUUUUAAUUUCACACCUACUUUCCCAGAGCCUAGUGCGACCCUUCCUUGCCUUUUGACUGGCAAGAAACCAUCAGAAGAUGAGCUAGAUGAGAAAUGUUUUAAAGAACCUCUCAGUGCUUCCUUAAGGGUUAGCAUGAAUAGUAUUCCCUCCCCAAUUCCCUUUGCUAGCCCUCCUGAAGCUGCUUUCCACACAGACAUAGAUUUGCCUCCUGCUGAGCCAGUAUCUAUAGCAGCCCUGCCAUGCUUGCGUGUAGCCAUGAAAUCUGUUUUGCUCUACCCAGAAGCACCUACUGUAUCUCUUCCUCCUCCUGUUCCACAUCCUCCUUCUCCUCCUCCUUCUAUGCCCACCAAAAGAAAACCAGGUCGGCCAAAACGAUCCCCUCCCUCAGUCCUUUCUUUGGAGGCCUAUCCCAGCAAAAUUUCAGAGCCUCCUCCUGUCCCUGUUGCCUUGACUGAAUGUGCUGUGAGCAAAGAGUUAUUGGGUGGGCAUCCUGAUGCUUUUUAUGGACUGAAAGAUCCCGAAGCAGUCACCCUAGACUUCAGGAACGACAGCUUCCACGAGAAGGUAACCCCGGAGGCUAUUGCAGAAAAACUUCCAUUUAAGGAAUUAGAGAAUCAAUGGAAUGAGGACUUCAAAGAAGAGGAGACUCAUGUGAAACCUAAAAGACAGUGGCGAAGGCAGAAAAAGACAUUCGAGGACAUCCCAGUGAUUCCUUCCCCUGAAUAUUCUCCACAUCGGCCCCACUUCAGGCCCCGUUCUGAGUUCGAGGAGAUGACCAUUUUGUAUGAUAUUUGGAAUGGAGGAAUAGAUGAGGAAGAUAUCAAGUUUAUGUGUAUCACGUAUGAUCGGUUGUUGCAGCAAGAUAAUGGCAUGGACUGGCUCAACGAUACCCUUUGGGUAUACCAUCCUUCUACUAGCUUUUCUACACCGAAAAAGAAGAAGCGGGAUGAUGGGAUGCGAGAACACAUUACAGGUUGUGCCCGAAGCGAAGGCUAUUACAAAAUUGAUAAGAAGGACAAACUUAAAUACCUCAACAAUAGUCGUGCAUUGGCAGAGGAGCCUCCGGCUGAUACACAAGGAAUGAGCAUCCCUGCUCAGCCUCAUGCUUCCACCCGGGCUGGCUCUGAGAGAAGAUCAGAGCAACGAAGGCUUCUCUCAUCUUUCACUGGUAGCUGUGACAGUGACCUACUCAAAUUUAACCAACUCAAGUUCCGGAAGAAAAAGCUAAAAUUCUGCAAGAGUCACAUUCAUGACUGGGGUCUCUUUGCUAUGGAACCCAUUGCAGCUGACGAGAUGGUGAUCGAAUACGUGGGUCAGAACAUCAGACAGGUCAUUGCUGACAUGCGAGAGAAACGAUAUGAGGAUGAAGGCAUUGGGAGCAGUUACAUGUUCAGGGUCGACCAUGACACCAUCAUUGAUGCCACAAAAUGUGGAAACUUUGCCAGGUUUAUUAAUCAUAGCUGCAAUCCAAAUUGUUAUGCUAAAGUAAUUACCGUGGAGUCUCAGAAGAAGAUUGUCAUCUAUUCAAAGCAGCACAUCAACGUGAAUGAGGAAAUUACCUAUGACUAUAAGUUCCCAAUCGAGGACGUAAAGAUCCCGUGUCUGUGCGGCUCUGAGAACUGCAGAGGGACCCUGAACUAAUCCCAAGGCUUCUUGUCACACUUGCACCUUUGGUCAUGUCAAAACUGCAGUAACCAGGUGUGGUUGCACUUUGCCAAAAAAAAAAAAAAAAAAGAGAAGAAAAGAAAAUUAAGCAAGUUUCGCACUUCUGUCAGGAUCACAAGUGAAAGCAAAAAGCGCACAUGCAUACUAGGACUGUUCAUGUUUCAGGUGCUCUUCCUCUUCAGAUCCAACACACACAAAAGGUGAUUACCACUUUGUGGCAUAGUAUAUCCAAACACUAGCUUCUCUCUGUUCAGUCCCUAUGUUGUUGCUCAUUGUACAAUAGUGGUACCUUUUGUUUGUUGUUUUUUGUUGUAAACUUUUGUCUUUCCAUAAAUGCUGCUACCUUUUUCUCAUCAGUUUGUUGUUUGAAAAAGACAUUCAACGUUUAAAUGUGAAGCAGAGACUGAAAAUGCCAUAAAGGUUUGUUGGGAGCUUGACUGGCUGAAAUUGCACAGACUUAUCAGAGUAAAUUGUAAAUAAAUGUUUGGUGGAUGUUACAGAGCAAGCCAGAGGCUUGGGGGGGGGUGUGUGUGUGUGUGUGUGUGUGUGUGUGUAUGCCUGAAUGUGUCUACAGUGAGACUAUAGAUGAACUCUCCUGCCUUUCCAUUAGAGAUGAGCCUGGUCAAUUCCUCUGACCCAAACAUCCAGGAAUGCUGUGGAACAUUCAGAUCUGUAAUAGACCUGAACUAACACCUUAGGCUCGCCUCCAAUUUUCACAUGCCAUGCUGGUAUUUUGCGGGGAUCAAUAGUUCUAUAACCCUACAAGAAAAAAUAUUUAAUGCCACAAUAAGUUUAAUCAGUUAUUUAGGCCUUUGUUGCAAAAGGUGAACUAGUCAAUGGCCUUCUCUAUAUCUGUAUUUCUGGUGAAUCUAUUCCUCCUUAAUUCAAAACACUGAGGCUGAAAUUAAAUGAUCAGUACAGUCAUUGUUUAUGCUGUUGAAAUCUUACUGUCUGUGUAAGUAUACACUACUAGAACAUGGAAGAUGGCACCGAGAUUUCUUUCCCUGUAAGAAACCAAUGGGCUUCUUCUGUUGGUUUUUCUCCAGCUUUGUCUCCUGAUGUGCAGCUUAACCUCUCCUUCCUCAUGCCUUUUCAUUCAGACUGUUUGCUCUGCACAGUAUGGGUGAGCUUCGCGGUUUACUGGUAAUGGGCUAUCUUCUGCCACUCUCACUCUCACUGAGUAUUACCUGGAAUUAGUCCCAUUUAUUUCAGAACUAAUUAUGGAGUUAAGGCACUAAUCAAAGUGUGUGAGGGUAGCACAAUCUGUCUCAAGCUCUGUACAAUAUGAAAAUUAGUUUAAGACAUUGAACUUCCAAAUAAAAACAUUGUUUUCCUUUUAGAAAAUAUCAUUAUAAUGAAAUCCUUGGCAUGACACCAGGGAUUCCAUUUGAAAUGAGACAGAAACCCAGGCAAAUAUUUCUUUUUAUCUGAAAUAUAUUUGACCUCUUGAAGAUAAGCAGAUCAGUCUUCAAACUGUAUUUCAUUCCUUCUGCUUAUAAGUGGAACUUAGUUGUACUAAGCCAUUAAAAAUUAUCUGCAUAUGGAAAAUCAUAAUGUAACGUUAUCUACACAUUAUCUCACCUACCAAAUAAUUUUUUCCCCUUUAAAUUGGACAACUGAGUUCCGUACUCUUCCUAUUAGUGAUGAUAACUACCUGAUCAUACUUCAAUGAUCAGACGUUGAAUCUUGAAAAUGAAGGUUUUAGAAGUUAUUUAAACCACAUAUAUAUUUGCCAGUAUGUAACAUGGUAAAGACUUCUGUACUUCAUGUCUUCUGGUUGAAAAAGAAAUUGAGAAACAUCUGACUUGUAUAAGCUGCCUUAAUAUUACCUGUAUUUCUAGCUGAGGGAAGUUACACUGUCCCUGAGAUUAGACUUGCAGUAGCAGCUCCUUUUUAAAGUUUUGUUUUGUUCCCCUGCAGUAAAUGCUUUCUGAAAAUCUCAAAUGUGGGUGGGUAUUAUAACCCAAAGACAUAAAUUUAUCAGAAGCAUAAGUGGCUUCUGUCUUUGAGAGCUGGUUAUAACUACAGCUGUGUUGGGAGCAUUUUGAAAUUAAGUCCAGCUGCUCUUUUAUUUGUUUUAAUACGAUUUUUCCUUUCAUGCUGUAUCUCCUGUUGCCAUUGCUAAUGCUUUGGAGAAUGCACUAAAGCUUUGUUUCAGAACUAAAGUUGUGAAUAUCAAACCCAUAUUAAUUUCUCUGCCUUCUUUCUUUCUGUCCUUUCAAACUAAUGUAUCAAUAUUGGUUUCUUACAAAUAUAUUGUCCAGUUGCAUGUACAAUGUAUUUCCUAUGAGACUGAUGACCUCUGUGGGAUUGUGAGGGAUGACAGGGUAACCACAUGCAAUUCCCUUCAUCUUUAUGAUGCAGAAGCAGCCUAUAGAGACUCUGGCCAAGAUUUUAAAAAAUAAGACUACAAUUAGUUUCCUGGGGUAAAAUUUCCAAAAGUGCUGAAGUACCAUAAGUGUUUGUCACUCUGGCACAUGUAAAAAUUGUAUCCCUAUUUCCCUCUUUAGGCUCUUAGAUAACUAUCCUGACUCUUCCAAAGAGUGCAGCACCCAGCUGCUGCCCAGGGAGCAGCUAAGUGCUCAGCAUCUUUGAAAAACCAGGUUGUGGAUUUCAGAAUCUAAAUAUGAGCUUAGACUUCAUGCUUCUUUGUUUGUUUUUUUCUUCAGAAUCUUGGCUUGCAGGCCUCUCUGUAUGCAAAGCUUCCAUCUUGAACUGAGCAGCCUCUGAAUGGGCCAGGAUGGAGCAUUUGAUGGUGGGGCUUGUAGUCUCCAAAGGAUGUCUCAGCUAACAUUAAAUGAGCAGCAACAUUGGCCUCCAGUUUAUGCAUAUUAAUUGUGGCUGCCUCAUUCCUGGCAGGUCACCUGUAUAGUCUUGGUUGGACAAUACCUGGGCAUUCUGAAGAUUCAGUUAGGUAUUUGGGCUGCUGUACCAGUUACACAUUUAUGACUCUUCCUAGUUAUGAAGGCCAGUACCCUACAAAACCUGAGAUUGUAGAGCAAAAUGGAGAGAAUAAUGUGUAGACACCAGCCCAAGGCAGGCACAGCCUCAGGCCCUGCUACUGGGUAUUGUCCUAGCUAUUUCCCCAUUGUAAAUGGAUGGAAAGAAUUGUAAUGUGGGCAAUUUUCAAGGUGGGGGAGAAUAAACGUUAAAGCUUGCCAGGCAUUCUUUUUGGAGAUACUUGCAGAAAUAUUUUCUGCAAGUAUCCUUAAUUCUAUUUGGGCAUACAUUAACAAGAAACAAAAGACUGAAUGUGUUCCCUGCUAAAUUUUAGCCCCUGAAAUUGGAUCACAGUAAUGUGUCUAUGUGAAACAAUCCCAGAAAAUAACACCGAAGUUGUGGAAAUGUAUUUUCAAGCCUUAUUAUUGUUCCCAUGCGUGAAUGAGCUGGCUUUAGUUGUGUUUAUAAAUGCUUUGGAAAUUGGCAUAUAUUAGUAAGCCCCUCUCUGCUUGAAAAACCUGCAUGUCUGCCUGCUGUGUUCAUUGUUCUGUCAAUUUUAUACCAAUAUUUUCCAAUUCCAGAACUAUGCUGGGUCCCAAUAAAUAAUCUGUAACUAUCAAGGGAUGGGAAAGGGGUCAUCUUGCAGAUAUUUAUAUUGUACAGAACAGCUUUAUUUCUACAAGAAAAACAUUUUUAAACUCUGACAGUGUAGACAAUAGAUUCAGUUCCAGUUUUUGUGACUUUUUUCAGGGAUCAUUUCCGUGCAUUUCUAUAUAAAAUAAACAUUUAAGGAAAAAAUAAUUUUGAAGUUUAAAAAAUGCAUCUUCUGUACAUAGGCAAAUUUAAGAAUCUUCUCUUCAGACACUGUUUCUUGUAGAAACAUGUUGAAUUUUUUUGCUGAUUUCUUUGUACUUCAAGAGCAUGUAAAUAAUUUAUUAAAAGUGACUAUUGUAAUUUGGAGUUCUUUUUAAAAAGAAGAUUCCAGCUCUAACUCAUGUCAGGAAGACAGGAGAGAGAGAAGGAAUGCAUAUAAAAAAGGAGCUGGUGGCAUUUACAGCUUGUGUCAAGCUUUGUAUAAUGUAAAUUCUGUAUAAAUUUUUUUGGUCAGAUAAGUAGAUGAAAUUAGAAGCAUUAAGAAACAAAAGAAUGCCAAGUGGAGGCUUUUUUUUUGCCAGUCUGAAACCUAAUGUGCAAAAUCUAUUUAUUUCAAGCGAGGAAAUAUGUACAGUCUAUUACUAGACACCCUAAAAUGUAUUUAAGAAAAUCUGCAACUGGAUUUUUUUUCAAUUUAAUGUUUUGUUGUUAUAAAUU